UUAUUUUGAAACUCCUCAGCGGAAGUGGAGUCUUCCACUAGCGCGGCUGCCUCCGGCGGAGCUGCUCAGUGUGUCACCGGCUCACUUUGUCUUUUAUCAACAAGGGGACAAUUAAUCUGCACCUUCGAACAUGUGCAGACAGAGACAGUGACCGAGACACCGACGAGAAAUGAUCUGAGGACUGUCCCGACCCAACAUGGCGAUCAGGGAGCUCAAAGUCUGUCUCUUGGGGGACACUGGUGUAGGGAAGUCCAGUAUUGUUUGCCGGUUCGUUCAGGAUCACUUUGACCACAACAUUAGUCCCACAAUAGGAGCAUCGUUCCUGACCAAGACAGUGCCAUGUGGAAACGAACUACACAAAUUUCUGAUCUGGGAUACAGCGGGACAGGAAAGGUUCCACUCUUUAGCACCUAUGUACUAUCGAGGAUCGGCUGCUGCUGUCAUUGUCUAUGACAUAACUAAACUGGACUCUUUCCAGACACUGAAGAAGUGGGUGAAGGAGCUGAAGGAACACGGUCCAGAGGACAUUGUCGUAGCCAUAGCAGGAAACAAGAACGAUUUAGGAGACAUCAGGGAAGUUCCAAUGAAGGAAGCAAAGGAGUUUGCUGAAUCGAUUGCAGCUAUUUUCAUCGAGACUAGUGCCAGAAAUGCUGUCAAUGUUGAGGAGCUCUUUCAGAAAAUCAGUAAACAGAUUCCACCUCUGGAAAAUCCUGAGGUGGACAGCAACGAAUCCUUCCAACUCACCCGGCAGCCCGCUCUGUCUGCCAGGAGAUGCUGCUAGUACCAACAGAUGAGAUGACUUCCUUCAGCAUCAGGGACCCAAGUGGCACAGCUCAUCGUCCACAACAUGCACAGUGUCUUACUCCAGGUGAAAGACAGGCCAGUGGACAGACAGAUGUCAGCUUGCACAUGUGGUUCACCUGAAAGCUGACACAGAAAACCUACCAGCAGUAUUAAAAUGGGUUCAAUGGAUUUUUAGUUGUGGCAGUUUCAGGUCUGAUGAGGUUAGGAAGCACGAAACAUUCAGUUUGUCCCCCUCAGGUGGUAUUUUGCCUGCAUUACAUUAAAAUUAUAGUUAUUUAACACAAAGCUCAUUACAAAAGGCAGUUUUAUCCCUCUAUCUUUAUUCAUUUUACAAUUUAACACAAAAUAUUUACAAUUCACCUAAACCAGGGUUUUGGCUGUUGAUGCACCUACAGUCUUAUUUCGAACGUCAUCUGCUCCGUAGAUUUUCAUUGCACUGUGGCUCUUCAAUUGCACAAACACAUUUAAUGAACGUUUUUAUAUUCAUUUUUUUUUAUCACGUCUACACUUUUGCUUCUCAUGGAGCUUUUGUGUUUAUUAUAUAGAAUUUUUCUUUUUUUUAGAAUGUAUGAAAAAGGGGGUGUUAAGGUCAAACUUCGGAGUAGAAUUCAGUUGUGUAGCUCAGAUGCAGAAGCUUUACAUUCCACUCCUUUGUCCAUUUGCUGCAUGGGUGUUUGACUGUAUUGCUGCAGAAUAACUAAUUAACCUUAAUUGUAUUUGCGGUGUGAUACCCCCUGUUCAAACACUGUGACCAAUACUAGGAUUGUUUACAUAGUGGUUUGUUAAAGAUGUUUUCUACGUGCUGAAGAGUGUUGUCUUGAGAUUUCACUACAGGGAAUGACUGUAUACAACUGCCAAACAUAAGAAGUAUCUUUACCUGAAAAACGUUGUGUUUUGUGUAUACUAACCAAAAUCUAUAAGAAUUAUGGGAAUAUGUUUGUUCAAAAAAGUGGAAACGUGAAAAAUGAAAUUAGUCCCUUAGCAAAAUUAGCAAAUAUUAGAUUAUGUGUCGUGUUUGCUGCUUUUUCUUUUGCAGUGUCGCUCUUGGAUUUGACCACUUUAAAUUUAGAACAGCACUUUUGCUACCAAUUCCACAGUAUUAGUUACAAGUGUUUUAAAUGUUGAAAGUUACAGUUACUUCAUAACGAAAGUGUUUGAUAGAUUGAAAUGGACAAACAACAUGGAUUUAAAUGUUAUCAGUAUUCUGGUUCCACAUUUCAAUACCUUAAAAACGUGUUUACAUUUAUUCUUUGUAUAAUUUUAUCCACCUUAAUGGGUUAACAGAGCUCAGUUAACGGAGCUCAAUUAAUAAUGCAGUUAUAGUCGAAUUUUACCAACAGAUGCUGUUCUGUACGCAAAGUCACAUCAAACUGCAUUCAAAAAUCUACCAAUUACUUUGGCUUUGCUUUGUGGGAAAAACAAUCAUCCAGUAGUAACCCCCAGAGCGAGCAGUUCAGCUUGAUGAUUUUUUAAUGCAUGACCUCACUUUAACACUGAGACAAUGACAUUGAGAAAAGACAUUUCAUGUGAGGUAACUUGUUGCCAUUUCCAACAAGAACUUUAUGUGCUCCUCACAAGUGCCUUCGUUUUUCUAAACAAAUUUAUGACAUGGCUAAAAAGUGCAUACUGUUAGAAUAAUGCAUGAAUUACUAAAUCUGUACAGACUAUGUAUAACAGAUAACAGUUACCUGCAGCAAUCCUUAUUCUGUAUGCCUUAAGUCAUGCUUCCUUGUAUCCUCUUUAUAACUUUUGUAUUUUAAUCAAUGUAAUAAAGAAGUAAUUGUUCUUUU